GCGGCGACAGUGUGUUAAAGGGCUGUCGAGAGCGCGCGCAAGAAACAGAGAGGUGGUCGCGCGUUAUUGCCUUCAGUUCACCCAAUGUUUGGUAGGGGAGUAGGCUCGCCCUCUGCCGCUCCGCACCAACACCUGUAUGGAUGACCACUACAACCUCAUUGACUCGCCCUCAGCCAGUCACAGAGGGAACAACGCCGACAACCACGGAUACGCGGAGACGGAGAAGGACAUCAUGACAGUCGUCGCCUGUGAUAACAUGUUGGAGGAAACGGCGGCGCUCCCCAGUCACCUGUCGCUGGAUCGAUACGAGCCGGAUCACGAGUGUUGCGAACGGGUGGUCAUCAACAUUUCGGGACUGCGCUUUGAGACCCAACUCAAAACUUUCAACCAAUUCCCGGACACGUUACUUGGGGACCCGAAAAAGAGGAUGCGUUACUUCGACCCGCUCCGAAACGAGUAUUUCUUUGACAGAAACCGACCGAGCUUCGAUGCCAUCCUGUACUACUAUCAAUCUGGGGGUCGUAUUCGGAGACCCGUGAAUGUUCCCAUUGACAUCUUCUCGGAGGAAAUCCGAUUUUAUCAACUUGGUGAGGAGGCGAUGGAGAAAUUUCGUGAGGACGAGGGCUUUAUCAAAGAAGAGGAGCGACCUUUGCCAAAUCACGAAUUUCAGAGACAGGUUUGGCUUUUGUUUGAGUACCCAGAAAGCUCGGGUCCUGCAAGAGGUAUCGCCAUUGUGUCGGUUUUGGUCAUUCUGAUAUCUAUCGUUAUUUUCUGUCUGGAGACCUUGCCUGAGUUUAGGGACGACAGGGACCCGGCCACUGUGUCACCCAUCGUAAACGGCACUGGUUCAUUUGCAUCCAGCACUUUCACGGACCCUUUCUUUAUCAUCGAGACACUUUGUAUCAUAUGGUUCUCAUUUGAACUGCUCGUGCGUUUUUUUGCGUGUCCCAGCAAAGCCACGUUUUCCAAGAACAUCAUGAACAUCAUUGAUAUUGUGGCCAUCAUACCCUACUUUAUUACUCUGGGAACGGAGUUGGCCGAGAGGCAAGGCAAUGGACAGCAAGCCAUGUCGCUCGCCAUCCUCCGCGUAAUCCGUUUGGUGAGAGUCUUUCGCAUCUUCAAGCUCUCGCGCCAUUCCAAGGGUCUCCAAAUUCUCGGACAGACCCUGAAGGCCAGCAUGAGGGAGCUGGGACUGCUCAUCUUUUUUCUUUUCAUAGGCGUCAUAUUGUUUUCCAGCGCCGUGUACUUCGCAGAGGCCGACGAUCCGACCUCGAGUUUCAGCAGCAUUCCAGAUGCGUUUUGGUGGGCUGUGGUCACCAUGACUACAGUCGGUUAUGGAGACAUGCAUCCAGUAACCAUCGGAGGCAAAAUUGUUGGCUCACUGUGCGCCAUCGCUGGCGUAUUGACAAUUGCGCUGCCAGUACCCGUCAUCGUUUCCAAUUUCAAUUACUUUUAUCACCGGGAAACUGAUGGAGAAGAGCAUGCGCAAUACCUCCAUGUUGGCAGCUGCCAACACCUGAACUCCACGGAAGAUCUCAAACGGACACAAAGCAUGUCGUCCCUUAGCAAAUCGGAAUAUAUGGUCAUCGAGGAAGGCAUAAAUAGCGCAUUUAAACAGCCAAACUACACAAACCAGAACAAUCAAAAUUGCGUAAACAUUAAAAAGAUUUUCACAGACGUCUAAAUCUUAUACAGUGCCAGACAGCCACAGUGAAUCAGGCAACCACAUAAUGUCUUACAAUAAUCACUACCUACCAUUGUACCCCUAAAAAUGCAAGGUCGUGCGUUAUUACGCGUCAUGGACAAACCAGCAUAUUACACUCAAAUAAACCAGGGCGUCGUUUGGGUAGAAAACGGUGCCAUGCCGUUUGCACGUGUUGCAUUGUCUACAACAAAAAGAAUAAGGAUUAGGGCAGGGACCAAAACACACCCAAGCACCAAAACUGCUAAUAUUGUGCUCGUAAGUCUGCGUUUGUUAUCAGUGUUAACAUAUAACCACCAUUAUCUGUUAGUAUUCGCAAUAUCUUACGUUUUGUGGCAAAGUGAAACAGCUGAAUGUGUCGCUGUUAAUGUGAACAAACUGAAUAUGCUCGGAGAUAAUGUGUUGAUCAUAUGUAUUUUGUUGAUAUAUCUAUUUAUCUCAGUGAGUGCAGACUCCAUUUACGCAAUGAAUGUGGAAAACAAAACGUUGUUAAUAAUGUAAUCAAACUAUGUAUGUCUAUUCAAUCUCAGUUGUUUUGCCUUCACCAAAUGAAAUUGGUUAAUACGGAAUGAAAGACGAUAGAAUAUAUCUUCAGUCAAAAUACUCUUGUGAUCAAGUUACUCGGCUAAUCACGUUUAAGCUAAAAAUAGUACCGUACGUUCACGAUUUCCCCUCAAAGUGACACAUCACAGUAGCUUGGUUUUGUGGGAAAACAUGGAUGCGUCUCAGGAACGUGGCAUGCAUGGACUAAUCGCCUGCCUGGCAUGGGAAGCUAAGACGAGAUCAGAGACUGAGAGAUCACGCCCCUCAUGUUGGUUCCCCCUGUGAUGCAGUCUCCAUGGCGACCACAGUUUCCUGGGAACAAGGCACUCUGUCGACUUAAACUCUGGGGUUUGGUGAUGAUGGAUAUAGGCCGAUAACCCAAACUGUAGCAGGCUUGUGAUUCGUCGCACCCACACCCUAUGAAAGCAACAGGAACUAGAAGGCUUCUGGGUGAUCCGUGAUGACCAAAAGAGAGAGGGCCAUUAUUCUUUCUGCUACCAAAACUGAGCUGAUCCCUGACAAGAUGCCUGCACUUCAUCCUUACCGAGAACACACUAGAAGUGGCCUUUUUUGUAA